AUGAAGCUGUUACUGCUGUGUCUCGGCCUGAGUCUAGCCUGUGCUCAUGUGGAAGGAAAGCCUAAUGUUGUGAAACACAACAUUAAUAUGACCAAGGCUGCAGGAGUCUGGUAUUCUGUUCUCUUUGCCUCCGAUGACAGGGAACAAAUAGAAGAAAAUGGUAGCCUGAGAGUUUUUGUGCAAACCUUGCAAGUCUUGGACAACUCUUCUCUGUACUAUCAAUUGCAUAUCAUGAUGGAUGAUGGAUACAAUACAGUUAAAGUAGUUGAAACUAAUUAUGAUGAGUAUAUUAUGUAUCAUCUCCACAAUGUCAAUGAUGAACGUAAUUUCCAACUUAUGGAGCUCUAUGGCCGAGACAAAGAUCUAAGUCAAGACAUCAAGGACAGGUUUGUGAGGUAUUGCAGACAACAUGGGGUUCCUGAGGAAAAUAUACUUGACCUGACCACCGUUGAUCGUUGUCUCGAGACACGAGAUGCAAAAGAGACCCAAGGCGAGGAAGAGACCUAG